UAGCUUCGAGUUCGCGUUCAAUUCGCCCAACUUCUCUGACAGGGUGCUGCGGAUGGAAAUCGUCGCUGGAGAAAACGCGCCGGGGUCCAGCGAAGACGCCAGCGGAGAAUCCAUCGCCGACCACCGCGAGGAGAAAGAAGAAAAAUCAGAGGAUCAGGGGAGACCCAGGAAGAACAAAGUGUGGGGGCCUAUGCAAGCAACAAGGCAGAGCUCUAGGGUGGACAGACCUAUGAAUGUGAUGGAGAAGGCCAUUGAGUACAAGAGAAGGAGUAACCUGGAGGAGCCUAACAAGAAGAUGAAAGGUUAUAAAGGACAGAGUAGCGGCUCUUCUUCAAUCAUGGUGGGUGCACCAGUUUUACGAGAAAAGACCAUUUAUAUCAAUUCAGCAGUUCUUGCCGCUAGAAGUCCUUUCUUCCUCAAGCUUUUCUCAAAUGGCAUGAAAGAAUCUGAUCAAACACAUGCAACACUUCGAAUUGCUGAUUCAGAGGAAAAUGCAGUUAUGGAGCUUUUAAGCUUUAUGUACAGUGGAAAGUUGACAACGACUCAGCCUGCUCACCUGCUCGACAUCUUGAUGGCUGCCGAUAAAUUUGAGGUUGUUUCUUGCACGAGACUCUGCAGUCAGUUGCUCACAAGCUUGCCUAUGACCACAGAAUCUGCACUGCUCUACCUAGACUACCCAUGCUCCAUUUCAGUGGCUGCUGAAGUUCAAGCUUUGACAGAUGCGGCCAAGGAAUUCCUUGUCAACAAAUACAAGGAUUUGGAUAAGUUCCAAGAUGAGAUGAUGAGCAUCCCUCUUGUUGGUAUCGAGGCCAUCCUCACCAGUAGCGACCUACAGGUGAAAGAUGAAAGUUUCAUAUUUGACUUCUUGCUCAAGUGGGUUUGCACGCAAUACCCAAAAUUGGAGGAUAGAUCUGAGAUAUUUAGUUCUCGUUUACUCCCUUUGGUGCGCUUCGAACAUAUGAGCUGGAUUGAACUGGGGAAGGUCCUUACGUUCAUCUACAAUAUUAUGGACCAUGAGCAAGCAGUAACCAAGCGUAUCAUCGAGGUACUUGCAUACAAACUUGACCCAUCAUGGCAACAAAGCAGUCAUGCAGCUGAUUCAACAACUUGUUGGCAAUUGCCAGAGCGAGCUUACACGUACAACCCUGUGGAAGUGGUUUCGUUUGAUCGACCUCGCCCACAGGUUAUAGUUUACAUGGAUCUAAUGCGUGAUGAGUGCUCUCGACUCUUCCCAUCAGGAGAUAAAUACUCGGUCCCGUUCCAUCUUGUAGGGCUGCAGUUCUUUCUCACGGCAUGCUGUGAGCUGGACCAGCAGAGUAAUUACAACAGCUUUGGUCUAUGGUUCGGGAUUGACGAAGAGCCAGACAAGCCCAUAUCUUUAACAAUAGAUCUUGAGUUUGCUGCUAGGGUAAAAUCGUCAGGACAUUUCGUGAGCAUGUUCGAAGGAAGGUAUGCUGUUACCGAUGAUUCUAUGCGUGGAUGCAACGAUCUUUUUGAUGUUCCAUGGUCGACGUUCAUUGCUGAUGACAGCCUCUUCAUCGAUGGUGUGUUGCAUCUUAGAGCUGAUUUGACAGUUGUCAAGCAGCCUGCGGACUUGCAGACUUGAUGGUAUCUCACUCAGAGGACAUAAAGAUUUGACAUCUCACACAGCUGAGUUGCCGUCAACAGUGCUGCGUGAGUCGAUUCAGUGGGACCAUGUUGGUUGCCUGGGAAUGUUGUA